CGCCAACAGCUCGGUAACCAUUGUCCGCAUGAAAUCUCUCCUGUCAACCUGGUAAGAUCGGAGUUGAGCACCUAGGCGGGAAAACCCGAGCGAGAAAGAUGGGAACGACGGAGCUGUCGACGGCUAGAAGCUGGCAUAUGUGCUUUGACCCUACUCUUCGUUUCAAUGCCGUCUAUCGGUCUUCUCUCCCUUCUUUCGCAUUCUUUUCCGUCUUGAGGAUAACGCCCUGGCGACAAGUACUAGUUCACGUCACUCGUUAUGGGCUCAUAAAUGAUGUUGCAGAGCGGGCUCUUGCGGUGUUGUCUACUGAUCGCGCUGGGCACGAUAGGGAUAUGGGCUAGCGAGGAUGUUGGGAAAGAUGCCGAGUUGGUAUUACACAAGGUGGCUAAGGCGCCAGAAGAUGAACAUUCAUCCUUGCGAAAUAGGUUUAACAAUGUCAUCGCCGAGGAGGAUAGCGUGGUCGAGAAAUUUAUAGUAGAAAGGAUACCGGACUCCACGAGAAGGAUUCCCAAAGAACAGGCAGCUCCAGCCUUAACAACUCCCCGGCCAACGCCGCCGCCGCAAAAGCGCCAGGACGAUGGCCAGAUCCAGGCCCUCUCCCAACAGCUCCGGUCACUUUCAGAGUCCGCGACCCGAGCCAUAUCAUCAGUAUCGUCAAGCGCUUCUUCGGCCAUGAGUCUCGUAUCUCAAUCCGCUCAGUCCGUCCGGCAGUCCGCCGACCAAGCGAUCCAGUCCGCCAACCAGAACGCCGAUAAUGCUAAUCGGCAACUAUCGCAGACCCAAUCGUCCGCCUCCAGCGCCGUCUCUGCGGCGAGCGCGCGCGCGAGCGAUGAUAUCUCGCGAUCGCUGUCAAGCAUGAGCAGCCGGAUCUCGUCUAACCUGGCCAGCGUUCAGAGUAGCGCCAGUAGCGUAAUUAGCGCCGCUAUGGUAGAGGCGAGCUCGAGUGCUGCGAACGCGGUAAAUAUAGCCGCAAGUCAAAUUCAGGAGGCGAGAGCCGAUGCAAGCGGUAUUAGGGGCGAUGCAAGUUCUAUUGUAUCUCAAGUACAAUCUAAUUCAGUCUCAGGCACGAAUGUUGCCAUAAUAGUCACGGCGUCGGUAAUCGGUACAGCUAUACUUACAACCAUCGCUUCGUGCUUCGUCGUACGUUACCGCCGAAAGAAGAGACGUGAUCGCGAGGGCUUAGCUACGGUAACCAAUAACAACGAGAGUCAGUAUGAGAAACCGAUCGCUGUUCGCGGUACGCCGGGAACUCCCCGUUUUACGCCCUUCGGAGGUGGAACCGGCUACCCAAUGGACAAGUUCAAGCUUCCGGACUUGAGCUUGAGCCCCUUUUUGAAAAAGAAGACCGGCGAAGGAACCCCAAGCGAGAUUGGCUUCGCGAGGAGUACCUACAGUAAUGAUGACGGCAAGGCGCCCGUCAACGACGACGUCUACGGGGUCUCGCCGACGAGCUUCAGAUUGCAGAAAGAUAAUAGCAUCAAGAGCGCAACAAGUGUACGACUUAUCAGAGUGGGCAGCAAUAAUAAUAAAGGGAAAGAAAAGGUGAAAGAGGAAGACCAGAGAGCUCUACUUAGUCCGAUACUCUCUCCAGCGCCAUCGCUCCCUGUAGAGACACCGACAGUGCCAGUGGCACCGGUUGUGGUGUCAACACCGCCCCAGCCGCAGCCCUUUUCGCCAGCUUCGCCAAUCUCGCCGACGUCACCUGUAGAGCUACAGGUUGCAGAGCCACCACGGGCGACUACUCGGUCCGUUCGAAACUCGGAGGCAGCAGAGGAGCCCGACAUAGAUCCAGUUAAACAUACCGCGACAAUGACCAACCAGAACCGACUCCGAUUUCGUGAUAGUAGCGAUGUGGAAUCAGCCGAGCCCUCGCCAGCGAACUGGAGACUAUCAACGGCGCGUACCGUAGCCGCGAUAAACCCGAUGCGGAACACGAACACGGCUAGCUUACGAACGACAACCAUGAGCACUAGCGGUAGUGACAAUAGCCAGUCGCCGCCUCGGCGUCCCAAGAACGCGGGCGCUAGCUUCGCCACGUUCCCCAAGGUGCGCAAUGGGCCGCCAAGGGGUUCCGCCGCCGAGGCUAUCAUGAACAGGAACCGCACGGGAUUAAACGGCGUUACGGCACGGCUUCGCGAGGAGGCAGAGCGUAGACAGCGCGAAUCGGCUGAGGUCGGCGGUGCUAAUGAUGCGGUGAGGUCGAGCAGGGGCGCGAAUUGGCCUUUCGGUGGUAAUUAGGAUAUGUCUGUAUCUGUAUGUACCUAAGGCAAGGGCUGGCUGGUUAGCAGAUGGGAUGUAGCGAGCGAGUGACAGGCAAUAGUCGAUUACGUGCUGUGCUAUGAUGGGAUAUCUAUGUAAUUUGUAAGAUAAUACCACAGCCUAGUUAGUCGAGUAAAGUAUAAGUGGGAAUAGGGGGUAGGAAUAGGAAGAGAAAGAAACGGAAGAAAGGAAGCAAGAGUAAAGUAAUCGUGGCUGAAGCAGAGCCUUGCCAGGACGGGACGGGACGUACUGGAGAUGUACCUAUACCUAUACCUAUACCUACUUGACUUAUUUAUUUACCGUAUUAGUUUAGUCACAACACAUCUGUCUAAGUA